ACCAGACAUAGAUGAGGAAAUAAAGCAAAGUGAUCCACUGAAGCAGAGUGUUUGCCCUCUCCUAAUUACAUCGAACUUUUCCUGUUUCCCUCCCUACCCCCCUUUUUUCAUCACUCUUUGAGACUUCGGGGGCUAGUGGUAAUUAGCCAGAAGAGAAUAAAACCAGCUGAUCGGGAGAGGGGUGGUGCAUUUUAGAGCGAGAUGGCUAACAGAAACAUUCUGUUGCUCUUCUGUGGACUCUUCCUCUUAGCACUGAUUCAACCUUCUCUUCAAGGAGGUGUGUAUGUACCACCUGGAGCUGGGUUUGGACCAGGAGGCGCUGGAACUGGAACUGGAUUUUUUCCAGGGGCUGCUGGAGGGGUCCCUGCGGGCUAUAAACCAGCUAAGGCUGCAGGUUAUGGAGGGGGAGGUGGAGGUCGAGGCAUAGGCCCAGGCGGUUUGGUGCCAGGGGCUGGUGGCCAGGUCAUUCCAGGAUUGCCAACAGGACAAGGUGGAAAGGCCCCUAAACCAGGAUAUGGAAACCUAGGAGGUGGUGGCCUGGGACCUGGAGGUUAUGGAGGAGGUGGUUUUGGGGGCUACUAUCCAGGAGCUGGAUCAAAGGCUGCUAAAAGCGGGGCUGGAGGAACAUUAGGAGGUCCUGGAGGCACUGGGACUGGAACUGGACUACCUGGGGGAGCGCCUGUUAUUCCUCAGACUGGCCUUCCUGGAGGUGGUGCAGGAAAAAAAGCUGCCAAAGUGCCAGGUGUGGGUGUACCUGGCCUUUAUCAGCAUGGACUGGUGCCAGGACAAGGGUUUCAUGGACGUGGAGUUCUGCCUGGGGUGCCCACUGGGUCUCAACUGACUCCCAAAUCAAGUGUCCGUGGGUACGGCGGGCCAAUGCAGCCAGGAGUGUUCCAUGGAUAUCCCCUCAAAUCACCCAAAGUGCAAGGUCCUUAUGGAGCAAAAGUUCCAGGUGGAAAACCUCCCUUUGGUCAAGGCGGCUUUAAUGCUGGAGCUGGACUAGGUGGCCAAGGUUCAAAGUCUGGAUAUCCUGCUGGAACUGGUUUGGGUGCUGGUGGCCUUGGAGGCGUUGGAGGUGUUGGAGGUUUUGGUGGCACUGGUGGAUUGUAUCCAGGGCAGGUGUCAGGAGGAUAUGGAGCUGCUAAGGCUGCUAAAUAUGGAGUCCCAGGAGGUGUUCCAGGGGGAGUGCCAGGAGGUGUUCCGGGGGGAGUCCCAGGAGGUGUUCCAGGGGGAGUGCCAGGAGGUGUUCCGGGGGGAGUCCCAGGAGGUGCACCAAUUGGAAGAGUUCCACUAGUUAGUGGUGGAUAUUCACCAGCAGCCAAAGCUGCUAAAUAUGGUGGACAAAUAGGAACAGGUGGACAAAUAGGAACAGGAGGAGGAUAUUACCCUGCAAGCAAUGCUGCUAAAUAUGGGGGUCAAAUCAGACCAGGGGGCCAAAUCGGACCAGGUGGCCAAAUCGUACCAGGGGGACAAAUAAGUGGAGGAUAUUAUCCUGCGAGCAAAGCUGCUAAAUAUGGAGGACAAAUUGGAACGGGACAAAUCGGAACGGGACAAAUCGGAACAGGACAAAUUGGAACUGGACAAAUUGGAACCGGACAAUUUGGAGGAGGAUAUUAUCCUGCGAGCAAAGCUGCUAAAUAUGGUCAAGGUGGUGGAGGGUUGGUUCCAGGUGGUCAUGGAGGUGGAGGUGGAGGAGGAGGAUUUUUACCAGGAUAUGGAUCUUUGGCAGCCAAACCUCCUAAAUAUGGUGCAGGCCUAGGAGGAGUAGUCCCAGGGGGAGCAGGACAGGUACUUCCUGGGGGUGGGUUAGGUGGUUAUGGAGGUGGUGCUGGAGUCAAACCACCAAAGUAUGUUUCAGGAGGAGCUGGAACAGGUUUAGGAACCGCAGGAGUACCUGGUGGAGUAACAGGAGUUGGAGGUGGACAAUACGCUGCAGCUGCGAAAGCUGCUAAAUUCGGAGUUGUAAAUGGAGGAGUUCAUACUGGUGUACCUGGUGGGUUUGGAAUUCAUGGCGGUGCAAAAGCACCAAAACAUGCUUUAGUGCCAGGAGUGACUCCAUAUACACCUCUCAGUUUUCCAAACGGCUCUCUUGUGCCUGGUGGUGUCGUUCUUCCUGGAAAACCAGCAAAGGAUCCCAGUCUUACUGGAACUCCUCGGCCAGGUGUUGCUGGUGGAAUCAUUCAGCCUAGUGCUGGCACAGGUGUCGGUGGAACAGGAGUUGCGGCACCUUCUACUGGUGUUGGUGUUGGAACAGGUGGAAAAGCACCCAAACCAUUUGUACCAGGGACUGGAACUGGGUUUCCUUAUGGAGGAACUUAUGGAGGUACUGGUGCUGGACUUGGAACUGGAACACUCCCUGGAGCAAAGCCACUGAAACCUCCAGUUGUGGGCGGAGCUGGAGAAAGACCAGGAAUCCCACUGGCAGCAGGAGGUUAUCAAGAUGGACUUGUGUAUCCUGGAGCUGCAGGUGCUGGUGUUAAAGUGCCCAGACCAGGCUAUGGCAAUAUUGGAGGUGGUGGAUAUCAGCAAGUUCCUGCUUAUGGAGGAGGAUACCCUCAGCAGUACUACCAAGGUGCAUAUGUGCCAGCCCCGCUGACUCCUCAACAAGCCAAAGCAGCAAAGUAUGGUCCACUGCAGGGCUUCUUUGGUGGUGCAGGUGGAGGAGGAGGCGGAGGAAUCUAUAGAGGAUGCCAGGGCAAAUUCUGUGGGAGGAGGAAGUAGAGGAUCUCUCGAGAUCCAGUGACCUCAAGAAACCAUGGUGCUACUGCAUGAUCGAGAAUGUACAUUUUAUAUGCAAAGCCCCAUUAGACAACCUGUAAAGAUGUUUGUUCUUACUUACUUGACUUCAGUGUCUGUUUUUACACAAACCCACCGACCCAGAAUUUUGUACAUGUUCCGAUGUGACGUAUGUUAUUGACAGUGCCUUUAAUCAUUAAUGUGUUCAAGUUAACCAGCUUUAACUCUGUACUGCACCGGCCUACUUAAAAUACAAUGACCGUGUUUGUCACCAUGUGUUGCUGUGGGCGCGCGCGUGUGUGUGUAUGUGUGUGUGCGUGUGUGUAUUGUUUGGGCAUAUGGUUGGUCUGAACCAUUGGCUGCCAAUGUGACCCACGAAUGAGUUCCCUUUCUGUUUUAAUCCUAAACUAAAUCAAGGUGAUCCGUCUCGCUGGGCAGUGCGGAGUUCGUGUACUCCUCUGUCACAGGGGUCGGGUUGGUCAAAGCUUGUCUGAAAUCUGAUGAAAUCUGGCCAAUGUCAGUGCAGUUUCUGGCUCCCCGUUUUCUCUGCUGCCAUUUUUAGGCCUGCUGGGUAUAAAGCGGCAGGAAUUGGGGCUCCAGCCAACCCAUCUGCUCUCAGCAACUUUGCUGAUUCUUGUUGCUGUGCAGUUCAGUUUUCUCAGUUUUUUUUUUCUUUACAUGUUGCCAUUUUCUGCUGAAGACAAUUUUUUAAAAAACUGUUUAAUUAUUUACAGGAAGGAGAAAAGCAGUGGGUUCAAAUAUCAAUCAGAUACUGCUCUGUUAUGUACACGACGUGUGUGUGUGUCUGUCUGUCUCUGUGCCUCUGUGUGUGUGUGAAUGUUUCAUUAUGUGUUGUGAUUUAGUCUGCUUCAAAUUUUUAGUCUCAUUUACAUUUAUGUAACUGGUCAUUAUUCAAGAUUUGUUGCACCAUGAUUUGACUCAUAGCUUUUUUUGUUAUCAGGAAUGUGUGAACAAUCCUUUGCUUUUGCAUUUAUUCACUGUUAUUAACUGUAAUACAGAUUAAUACUUUAUUUUAAUGGGAGUGCCGUUGUGUUUACGUGAGGCAUAAAAUCCCUGUUCUUUAUUUACUUGAGCUGCUUUUAAAAAAAAAAAGCUUUACUGACCAAAGGUUCAUGAGCGCUGUUGCCAAGUGACCCCAUCUCUUCCUGUAACUGUGUACUGUAUUUUGUACUAAUUUGAUGGCUUCAGUUCCUUGACUCGGUGCUGUGUAAGAACUGUCUUUGAGCCUCGCUGGGUCAGACCCUGUCUUAUGUGGCGUGGGACACUCUUCAUCUUUAUUUAAAACUGUUUUUAUAAGGAGGAACAGUGUGGUUUUGCACUUUUUAUGUUUCCACGGCACACAUGUGACUUGUUCCCGGACAUCCCGGCAUUUUAUUUGCUUUAACAAAUAACAAAAUAAAAUUUGUUUAAAGAAC